UUACUAUUGAAAAAAUGUUUUUCAAAACACCGGAGAUAAGCGAAGCGAUCGACUUAAUGAAUGGCAUUGAUUUGUCAAAGUUUAGCAAAUUUGUGAUCAGAAUUGCCGACAAAUUGGAUGAAAAUUUUGACCAAAUAUUUUCAGAUGAAGAAGAAGCUAAACUAAUACCAAUUCUAGUGGUGUCUGAUAUAAGACAUGUCAAACUAAUUGUUAAAACAGUUCACUAUUUGCUCCGACAAAUAGUUUACCAUUUAAUGAAACCUCGAGUUAUAGCCAAAGAGCUGACAGAAUUAGGUUUGGAUACCGAAAAGGUGGUCGCAUUUGCCGAGAUUUGCAGCACUCAUUUGCCAGCGAUUGUCGACCGAUUUAAGGACAAAUCGUUUGAUAUAUCAAACAGUCGACUAACUGAUGUCAAUUGGUCCGUCAAAUUGUUGACUAAUCAGAGCUGUCGACAAUAUAAAGAUGUCGUACCGUUGGCUCAAUUGGAUUUGACACUCAAAACCAAUGGCCAAACCGAUAAUCAUCUGUCACUAGACUUGGACCGCAAAGAGCUGUGGAAUUUAUAUGAAAAUCUUGAGGCAAUUCAAACACAACUCGACUCACUUUAUAAAUAGUUUAUUUCCAAUUAAUUUUUCAUUAAAUCUGUU